AACCUGUGGAGCGUCUUUCUGUCUGUCUGCCUGUCUCUGUCUCUGUGUGUGUCUCCCUCUGUCUCCCUCUGUGUGUGUUUAGAGGACAUCACACACACGCACGCACUCUCCGUAGUAGUUUGGUGACAAUAAACCGGUUGUGCAGCUCCUCAGGGUGAGAAUCUCCGCUGUCAUCCCGGCGCACUCUCAGUCUGCGGGCUCAGAGGAAGUUGAAGCAAACAGCCAUGGACGUGUUCAUGAAGGGUAUCUCCAAAGCCAGGGACGGGGUCGUGCUAGCGGCGGAGAAGACCAAGCAGGGAGUGACCGGAGCGGCUGAGAUGACGAAAGACGGGGUCAUGUUCGUCGGUACCAAAACAAAGGAUGGCGUCACAACAGUCGCAGGUAAAACUGUGUCGGGGGUGUCUCAGGUGGGUGGAGCCAUGGUUACCGGGGUUACGGCUGUGGCCCACAAAACUGUGGAGGGAGCCGGCAACAUCGUCGCUGCCACAGGAUUGGUCAAGAAGGACCCGGCCAAACAGAGUGAUGAGGCCUCAGCAGCACAGAACGUGGCAGAGUCACCGGUGGAUACCGACCCUGCUGACGCCACAGAGGAGGACUCUGAUGACUAAACUGACUGAGAGCUUCACAAUCAAAGAUCGAUAAUCAACACAUUCCAUGUCGCUCUGCCAAGUCCCGUCGUGCCUCGUUUUGGUCCUUUAUGGAGUCUGUGCCCAAUGUCUGUGUGGUGUGUGUGUGUGUUUUGUUACGUAUGUCUGUAUAGCAGUAAAUGUGUAAGUGUUGUAGAGAACGUGAGAUGUUGUGUCACUGUGUGUACGUGUGUGUGUGCGUGUGUGCCUUUUCGCACAUCAGUCCUGAGACGGAGCUCGAGUGGGUGUCGUCUGUGACCAGCUGUCAUUAACAGUGAAUCCCUCCCACUGAGAAGGCCACCUGGUCAGCGUGUGUGCGUGUGCGUGUGUGUGUGUCUGUUUUCCGUCAACUGUGUGGUCAAUAACUCAAACAUGGAAAUAUACCACGACGUACCACUUCAAGCACCUAAGUGUCUCUAUAUGAAUCAAUGACUUGCAGUGAUGUGGUUGAGAUGAAAGCAUAAUGAUAUCCUCUAUUUUUGCCUGUCACUGUUUUUUGCGGUGGACUUUAAAGUGCUGAGCUAUUUGUGCAUUCACGUGUUUUAGUUUAUUGCUGCUAUAACAGAUAUAUCUCAUACUGAAUGGACUUUUGAAAACCACGCGCAUGUAAACUAUUGUUCCGCUUCAUCGCUGUGAUAUGAAUUUAUUUGGGUUUUAAAUGUGGAAUAAAAUACGUGGAAGAGUG